GGGGCAUAGCCACGUGUCAUUCCACUAACUUCCCAUGUUGUGUUCACCGAAAAGAACUUCCCCUUUUGCUUCUUCUCCUUCUUCUUCAUCCGCAUUCUUCCUUGUUAUUCCUUCAUCAUUCCAACUCCUAUCAUGGCGUUUGGACUCAGGACCAAAAGUUUUGGCUUCAUAGAACCAGAGGCUGAGUUUGUGAGUACACUUCAAUGGUGGAACAAGAUUGAUGACUCGGAUCAAUGGCAGAGAGGCACUAACUAUGCCCUUUGUGCCGCUUAUACCUUGGUUUCCUUUGUUGCCCUGGUGCAACUGGUGCGCAUUCAAAUGAGGGUACCUGAAUAUGGUUGGACAACGCAGAAGGUUUUCCACUUAAUGAAUUUUCUUGUCAAUGGAUUGAGGGCUGUCCUUUUCGGUUUAUACAAAAGUGUUUUUGCAAUUAGACCAAAGGCACUAGAGCAGGUGCUAAUGGAGGUUCCUGGUCUUCUAUUUUUCUCUACCUAUACAUUGCUUGUCUUGUUCUGGGCUGAGAUAUAUCACCAGGCAAGAAGCGAACCAGCACAGAAACUUAGGCCUGCUUAUUUUAUUAUCAAUGGCUUUAUUUACAUGAUUCAGAUCAUCCUCUGGAUUUACAUGAGUGUAAGCAAAACUGCUACUGGCUUGGAAGCAGCAAAACUCUUCCUUGCAGUCAUAUCAUUCUUUGCUGCUCUUGGAUUUUUGUUGUAUGGUGGAAGGUUGUUUUUCUUGUUGAGGCGCUUCCCCAUUGAAUCUAGAGGCCGCCAAAAGAAACUUUAUGAGGUUGGAUCUGUUACAAGUAUUUGUUGCACAUGUUUCUUGAUAAGAUGUGUUUUGCUGGCAUUUUCUGCAUUUGAAGAGGAUCCAGAUCUUCAUGUCUUGAACCAUCCCAUUCUUAACCUAGUGUACUAUUUGUUGGUAGAGAUUGUUCCAUCAGCAUUGGUGCUCUUCAUACUGAGAAAGCUGCCCCCAAGACGAGUUUCUGAUCAGUACCACCCUAUCAGAUGAGUUGUGCAUUCUAAAUCCUCUCAGCAGCCAACAAUAUGUUCCUUUUUCUUUUUACUUUUGAAUAGAUCUUUUUCAUCUGUCUCAGUUGCUCCAUAACAGUCCAAUUACUGUUCUGUAUAUCCAUAAUUUCAUUUUAUUCAUUUAGUGUUUUUUUUC